CUCCGAGGAAGGCAGCGAGUUCGGAGAUCCGGGCCGGGAGCCGAGUGAGGCCGCCGCCCGGCGGGCUGUGGGCGAAUUCAGUUAAACCUUGAAGGAUGAGCAGAAGAGGAGCAGGAGAUUAGAAGGAGAGAAGAGUGUUCCCGAAAGAAGAAAACAUCAUGCACAAAAACUUGCAAGGCUGUGCCAGGUUCAGGGAGCUGCAGGUGCUUCCACCAGCCUGGAAAGUAGAGGCCAAAGAACAUCUUGGAAAAUGUAUACAAGUCAUGAAGACAUUGGGUAUGAUUUUGAAGAUGACCCCAAAGAUAAGAAAACACUUAAACCCCACCCAGACAUUGAUGGUGGCUGGGCCUGGAUGAUGGUCUUGUCUUCUUUCUUUGUGCACAUCCUUAUCAUGGGCUCCCAGAUGGCCCUGGGGGUCCUCAACGUGGAGUGGCUUGAAGAAUUCCAUCAGAGCCGCGGCCUGACGGCGUGGGUUAGCUCCCUCAGCAUGGGCGUCACCUUGAUUGUGGGACCUUUCAUCGGCUUGUUCAUUAACACCUGUGGGUGCCGCCGGACGGCCAUCAUCGGAGGGCUGCUGAACUCGCUGGGCUGGGUGUUGAGUGCCUACGCCGCCAACGUGUAUUAUCUCUUUAUUACCUUUGGACUGGCAGCUGGCUUCGGCAGCGGGAUGGCCUACCUGCCGGCCGUGGUCAUGGUGGGCAGGUACUUCCAGAAGAGGCGCGCGCUCGCCCAGGGUCUCAGCACCACCGGGACCGGCUUCGGCACGUUCCUCAUGACGGUCUUGCUCAAGUACCUGUGCGCGGAGUACGGCUGGCGGAACGCCAUGUUCAUCCAGGGCGCCGUGUCCCUGAACCUGUGCGUGUGCGGCGCGCUCAUGAGGCCCCUCUCGCCUGGGAUGGACUGCGAUGGCCCCGAAGGGAAGGCGCCGCACCACGUCCUGCCGGCUCACUCCACCGAAUCGGUCAGGUCCAGUGGACACCUGGGGGAAGCCGAGGAGAAGCCAGAAGGCCCCAGCACCGAGGACAACUCCCUCGGGGACGCGCCCGCCCAGGCGUGCCAGGAGAAAGCCGCACACACAGACAUGUGCGCCUUCCGUCUUCUGAAGACGGUGAGCCAGCUGACCAUGAGGGUCAGGAAGGGCUUCCGGGACUGGUACUCAGGCUAUUUUGGGACAGCCUCGCUCUUUACUAAUCGGAUGUUUGUCGCCUUUAUUUUCUGGGCUCUGUUUGCCUACAGCAGCUUCGUCAUCCCUUUCAUUCACCUCCCAGAAAUAGUCAACUUGUACAAGUUAUCAGAGCAAAAUGAUGUGUUCCCCCUGACUUCAAUCAUAGCCAUAGUUCACAUCUUUGGAAAAGUGGUCCUGGGCGUCGUGGCCGACCUACCCUGCAUCAGUGUGUGGAAUGUCUUCCUGAUGGCCAACUUCACCCUGGUCCUCAGUAUUUUUAUUCUGCCCUUGAUGCACACCUACGCAGGCCUGGCAGUCAUCUGUGCCCUGAUAGGCUUUUCCAGCGGUUAUUUCUCCCUGAUGCCUGUGGUGACGGAGGACUUGGUGGGGAUUGAGCACCUGGCCAAUGCCUACGGUAUCAUCAUCUGUGCUAACGGCAUCUCCGCGUUGCUGGGACCACCUUUUGCAGGGUGGAUCUUCGACAUCACCCAAAAAUAUGACUUUUCCUUCUAUAUAAGCGGUUUACUCUACAUGGUAGGAAUCCUCUUUUUACUCAUUCAACCGUGUAUUCAAAUUAUAGAACAAUCCAGAAAAAAAUACAUGGAUGGUGCAAAUGUGUAGUGUCCUGUGAUGUUCCGUGUAAGAUUUCCUUGUCAUACUCAUGCAUCCCUCACAUGGUUACUGUGAGGAGCCUGUGACAUAUCGUGGGAAAGCGUGUUGUCUCCGUAAAUGACACUGUUGUUUUAAAUGCCGUUGCCAUGGCUUCAUGUGAAAGCAGCGCUGCCUUUCCGUGUGGGGAGAGCGCUAUGGACCACGUGCACCUUAGCGAGGACAGUGUCUUGCAAAGACAGCCUGUUGAAUCACUGGUAGAAAUGCCCUUCUAAAAACUAUCUCAUCAUCCAUACUCGGACUAGGGUUUUAAACAUAGCUUUUAAAACAGAAUGAUAGCUUCUCAACCUAGUUACUUCUUUGUAAGGUGAAAAUAAGGUGUUUAAGUGCUUCCAGAAAACUUAACAGUUACAGGUUUCCCCUGCUUUUUGAAAGCGCUUUUCACUACUUUGCUUUUACAAAAGACCUGCAUUAGUUUUCGCUCACAGGAAAAACUAGAGGAGGAUUUUUGCGUUUAAAAAAAAAGGGGAACCUUGUUCAGCAUUUGUUUUGCUGCAAACCUUUGCAGAGUCGGUGCCAAGCUCCCUCCCAGGAACCACACAGGCAUCUCAGCAUCAAGUCGCCAGAACUUUGGAUGGUGUCUAUGAACAUCCGUGCUUGAUCACAGUUUAUUUGUGCAUCCAUUAGCAAGAUGUGUCUGGAGGUCAUGGCUUCUUUGCUUUAUGCCAUUUCAAUUAAGGUUUCAUAGAAUGCUCUCUGCUUUCAGACGGUGGAGGAAACCUGUAAAUGAAUUUUAAGCACAAGAAAAUGCUAGACUUCAGAAAUUAUUAAAAGGAGCUAUCGCUCAACCAGUGUAAAACAAAGGCAGACCCUAAUUUCAAAGGCAAUGCAUUUAGUACAAUUAAAGAAACACAGUUUAUAUUUUUAUUAAAGAAUUCUACAGCUAGGGCAUACAAUUUCUAAAUCUUUCUCUAAACAUAGCAUUUGCCAUUAUUCGUAAUGCAGUAGUAUCUAGUUAUAAACUGAAUCUUGAGGCAAAUCUUAAUAAAUAAAUAAUAUAAAUAAUCUCCUUAGUGAAAGUCUUAUUUGUGCAUAUAACCAUUGAGUCAAGGGCUAAAAUUCAAGCACUUUUAUUCAUUUUAUUGGCCUCUUAGUUUAUCCGCAUGCUCUGGGGCCUAUAAAAAUUUUUUUCUGGGUUUCUCUUACUCAGUAAAUAAAGUAGAAAAUGAAUUGCUGAUUGACAUGUAAAGCUGGUUGUUUAAGUCAUUUGUAAAGCAUGUUACUAAUCCCAAAUAUAAGACUAUCACGUUGUGAGGAUAAUAAACAAAAGGCCCUUGGUCCAAACGUCUGGGCACCAGACAUUGGAGUGGUGGUGACAAGCAGCCCUUCUCCAAUGCCUCUUGCUGGGCUAUGGGCAGUUCAUUCGCCUGAGCUCAGCACAGUUUUUAAAAUAGUUCUCUUGAUUGAUUUCAUACCGAAGAUAACUAUGAUUCAUGACAUCGAGUAAUGCUCUUCCUUUGUCGGAGAUCUCUAUUUUUCUAAGCCAAACAUUUUUCAGACUGCAAAAUGUUCUUCCGAGAAUCGUUUUGAAAUUUCUGGCUGCCUUACUUGUUUACACCUAUUUUAGAACUAUUUAAAUUUUCACUCACGAUUUGCUUAUCACACACACACAAAUAUUUUAAUAUCCUUGCCAGUGUCUUGGGUCAAAUUUAUCUAAAGUGAGUACAGACCAUUCUCAAUUAUCCUUGGUGAUUAGACAGGAAUGGUACUAGAAACUGGAGUCACAGAAUGUUACCCCAGUCUAAUUUUAGCCAGCUGUUUCAGUCUUUUACUCCACCAAACCCUUCAGAGCUGUUAACAAGUGAUUACAUGCACACAUUUCCUUUUUGUUUCAUCUCCAUUAUUUCCUGCUCUAAUGUCUAGUGGGAAGGGUUGUGUAAUGAAAGGGACCACCAAAAUAACAAUAAUAAUAAAAGGCAGCUAAUGGAAAGGAGGAACAAAAGCAUGGCUAAUAUACCCACAUUACCUCCAAUGAUUCGAGAAUUGCCUGUAAAUUAUGAUAGAUAAUAAAUUGCAUGUCAUACUCCAUUUGGUCCAACACGACCUGUUUGUUAUUGUGACAGCUUUGGUUGCUAUGAGAAGAUCCUACUCUCUGUUUUUGAUAAAGGUAAUCUUCAAUGCUGACACAGUGUUUUUUCUCUCAAUAUAUAUUUACCAUUAAAUUAGGAUGAUUAGAUUGAAAAUCAUGUUGUGGGUUUUAAAACUGACAACACUGCUUCCUUACUUUCAUUUACUGACACGAUCAAAUUAACAGGUUGUUGUUUAGUCACUCAGUCGUGUCUGAUUCUUUGUGAUCCCAUGGACUGCAGCACGCCAGGCUUCCCGGUC